UACAUGGAUGAUGAGCAAAGUGGUAGGACCUGAACAUCUGCAGUCCACAACAAGUGCAUGCAGGGAAACCAGCAGGAUGUGAAGUCUACAAUGCUGGAUAUUGACUGACGAGGUUUUUUCGUCGACAAACUUUUUCAUCUUUUACAGUUGCUUCAGGAAUGAUUGCUGUAUUAUUGGUAAUACUCAGGACAUUGUGAAACAGCAUCAGAGAUGGAACCAGAAGCUGAAGACCCAGACAACAAUGAUAACUUGGUCCCUUGGUCAGGUUCAGAUGGUUCCCAGGAACUUUGUGAGUCUUACAAUGAAGAUGAUGCCAGUGAUGCAGAGUACCCUUCAGACCCUCUACCUGCUCACAUCCCGAUGUCCGAGUCCACAGAACGCCUUCAUUCACAAGACUGGGAGUCUGCAGGUGAGCAACAUUCCCUGCCCGAACUUAGCGGAAGUGAAGAGGCUAUUUCAUACCAAGAAGAGGAUGACUACCUUAGUGAAUCAAGAGAGUCCAUUACAGAGUCUCCUCACAUCCAACCCUCACCAACAUCACAGUCCCCACACAGACAGCACCCUGAGUCCGAGCAUCACGCUGGCCAGAUAUCACGGCUGCAUUCCCAGUCAUCUUCCUCCUCUCUUGGCUGUGCAGCUGAUAUGACCCUGGCCUUGACCCUGACCACAGAGCAGCCUCUGGGAGCCAGUAAUAGGCAGGGCCCAGGGACUAGGAACAGGAGGGUUGAAUCAUCAGAGGAAGGAGGGAGUAGUGAAGCACCUCCUGCUUCUGUCUUCUUUGGAAUUUCAGACGAAGCUGCUGAGCAGGCAGAGAAGUGGAACUCGGAGUCUGACACAGAUCUGUGCAGACCGGACAGACACAGGGCAAGGUCCACACGGCUCAGUCACAACGAGAGCCAAUCAGAAAGAAACGUCAAGGAAACCAAGUCCAAAUGUAAGCGAAUUGCUCGGCUUCUAACAGAUGCACCCAACCCUCAAAAUAAGGGAGCCUUGCUGUUUGAAAAACGCCGCCAGAGGGUCAAGAAGUAUACACUUGUGAGUUACGGGACUGGUGAGAAUACACUUGUGAGUUACGGGACUGGUGAGAACAAGCUUGACAGCAAAGACCAAAUAGAGGAGGAAACUGAAGUCCGAUCAGCUGGUUAUAACUUUAUUGCAACAAGUGAAUCUGAGUUAGAAGAGGAGUAUUCUGGUUAUCACCAGCAGCGAAAUUUAAGUCUGAAUUGGGAAAGUGUUGGAGAAAUGGAAGCACUACCAGAAACAAAAGGAAAGGGUGUCAUGAUGUUUGCCCAACGACGCAAACGGAUGGAUGACAUUGUGUCAGAGCAUGAAGAACUGAGGAAUAAAGGAUUACCUGUGGAGACAUUAACAGAACCCGAACGUACAGAAGCACAGAAUAUUUAUGACACUGAGGAAAUGUACGUGCAUUCUGAUCAGGCCAACUACAUGGAUGCAAAUCUCAAGCAGCAUGUAGAACACCAAGAAAGUCUUCAACAGAUGAACCACCUGUCCAAUGUGCCAAGACCCUUGGUGCCAAACAGAACUGCGAAGCCUUUCCUUGGAUUUCACGUCAGCACAACUACUCCUGCCUUGCCUGGUGGCGUUGUUCCAGUGACAAAGAAGCACGAACCGAGAUUUAGAGUACCUGUGCCUAUUAACACUUACCCGCAAGUUUGGUCCCCAACUGGAGACAUUAUAGCCUCAAGAGAUGAGCGAAUAUCUGUGCCAGCGAUAAAGACGGGCAUCCUACCAGAGUCUAAAAGAAAAGCCGCUAAUAAACAGCGAUCAAUGCUGGCACAAGGAUCAGAACUUCACCUUCAAAACAAAGGGGAAAGGAGGUCUUAUAUUGAGACAGAGGAAGACUGUUUUAGUCUAGGUGCUGAAGCUUGUAACUUUAUGCAACCCAAAACAACAAAACUCAAGAAUCCCCCUCCAGUUGCCCCUAAACCUACAAUUAACCCAUCCUGCCCACCUUGGAUGGGAAGGAGCCCCUCUGGCGAGCACUGUAUUCCACCAAAAAGUCCGGUUUCACAACCUUCUCACAGUUCUGUUGGGACUCAUAGUCAGCAUUACUUACAGCAGCAAGAUUGGGCGCAGUCUCAACAGAUGGGCAACCAUUGGGCACCAAAUCAAACUCAGGCAACACUUCAAACACCUGCCAAUGCCUGGGUUCCUGUCAACUCCUCUUCUCAGCUUCAUCUUCAGCCAACCACAAAUAGCUGGAGUCAACAGCCGUCACAAUCCCCUGUGAGUAUGCAGGCCCGCAGUCCUACUUACAGCCCACAUCACCCACCUUCACCCUCAAGGAAUAAGUUAGACAGUACUCCAAACUCGGUUGCCUCUUACCCACGACAAGCAGAGAAGUCAUACACCUACGCGACAAAAGCAUCACAGGCUUCUCCAGAGGGUCAAGUCUCAGGCAGAGGUAUUAAUCGGGCUGGUGAUGGUCCAACCAUGGCGGGAAAAGGUGCAGAAUUAUUUGCCAAAAGACAGUCCCGUAUGGAGAAGUUUGUUGUUGAUGCUGAAACGGUGCAAGCUAACAAAACAAGAUCUCCCUCCCCAACCCUGUCACUCCCUAACUCCUAUAGGUAUUCUUCCAUUGUUCGUGCCCCACCUCCUUUAUCAUAUAAUCCCCUUCUUGCUCCUUUCUACCCUCCAUCAGCAGCCAAGCAAACCCCUUCCACAAGCCCCAAAAUCAAGCCUAAGACCAAAGCGAAACCUAAAGCAGUCCCAAAGCACCUCAACCCCUUAGAUAUUAUGAAACAUCAGCCUUAUCAGUUGGACGCGUCACUAUUCAAGUAUAAUGCAGUCCCUGAGGCCGAAAGCCCCAGCCCCAAAACAACUCCAGCAUCGAAGUUUGAGGUUAUCAAAAACCUUAAACAUAGAUCUGACCCUUCUCAUUCUCCUAAUAAUGCCUCUGAGCUUGUUGUUCAAAGCAAGGCAGAAGUCCCCACUAAGUCUCCUGUAUCGGGAUUUGGUAGAAGCCGCUCCCUGAGCCUGCCCAAGAGACUGAAUUCGAUGCCUUCUCCCAGAGUUGGGUCACCUGCGAGCACACUUGGAAUCCAGUCUUCAUUUUUACCCGCACAGAGGCAAACAUCCUUUCAAGAAAAGGUCUACAAGCCGCUGUCACCGUGGGAUGCAGCAUCCAGAAGCCCCAUUGGUUCAGUGGAUGAUGCCUUUGUGUUUCAGAGCCUCCCUUCAUCUAUUGCCUCUAAUGUCAAAGCCACAGCUCACCGCAGAUCUCUGCCAGAGCCUCCAGAUGAAUGGAAGCGCAGGGUGUCUCUUGAUCCUGCAGCUGUCAGUAUGGGUCGUUAUCAUGCGGCCCCAGCUUUUCAGGCACCUUUCAUGAGCAGGACAGUUUCACCUGAGAAACCAGCCUUCUAUGGGCCUCCCUUCAGACCUGCCCAGCCUCUGGGGCCUGACAGCAGGGCCAGUAUUGGAUACAUGGGACAUGGCUCCAGUCCAACAAAGUACUCUCCCUUGCAUAGUGCAGUCCAGAGAAGUUAAUACCACUAAGAUGAGGUCAGACAUACAUCAGACAAGGAUAAAUCUACUUUUAUAUUAACAUACAUGACAUAUGGUGUAAAGCAUAUUGAACAUGGAAUACAAAUGUUAAUUUGGCCCAAAGAGAUGGAAUAUGUUCGCUCUACUAUAAUGAACAAUGAGGUUGUUGGGACAUGGGUUGGUUCAAACUUUUCCAAUAGGUCUGAGACUCAUGAGAGGCAUACUUUAGACAAUUUAGUAUGUUUGUUUUAAAUUGUUGAUGGGAGUGAUAAAAGUCACUAACUUCAUGGUACAAGUGGUCACUUGGUUUGAAAAGCACGACUCACUAUUGUGUUGAUGAUAAGAUAUAACCUUGCUAAGCAUUGAUGGGAGAGUUUGCAAUUGUGUCUAAGAUUCAAAAUCAUUGUUUUAUUUGUUUCUUUAACAGGCUGAUUUAGGACAGAACAGAAGUGGACCACUACAAUCAAGAAAGGUUUUAGCAACGUGUUAUGAGAGCUAAAGUGAACGUGCAGUAGAUGAAAGAAAUGUUUGGUACAUUGCUUUUUUAUAAAUGUAGAGUGGUUUUGCUCAUUUUGACAUUGUUGGUUAUAAAUAUUUAGUGGCAAUUUAAGAAUCGUAUGUGUGGAUAUUCAGUCAUGUAUGUUUACUUUAUCUUUAAACUCACUGUGACUUUGUGAUCACUUCUGCACAUCUGCAUAUUUCAUACAGCGAUAAGUUACCAUUACAGAUGUUACUCAUAUUGUUUUAAUCUGUCUUUUCUCUCACAACUAUUGCAGUGGCGAUGAUACGUAUAUUAAAAGAGUAAACAUUUCUAGUAAUCUGCAGCACUUUCUAGUGACUGCUUAGUUACAUACAGACUAUAUUCUAUCUGAUCUAAGGAAGCUACAGUGCAUUUUUAGGAAAGUGUUGCAUCUGAAUGUUGACCUUAUUUGAACUGAUAACCUACACGUGAUAUUUCAAAAUAGAUUUAAGAGGAAUAAAUGUUGCAUGCAUACAUUCAUGACGUACCCCACCUUUGAUCAUACACUGUGUGGUGUUAAAGUGUAAACAGAACCACAGAUUCUACCAUUCAAUAUGACUGAUGGAGUAAGGUUUCUUGCCUAAUUUGUGGUGGGCUUUUACCCUGUGUUUGAUGAUUUUCUUGAAUAAAAUAUUAUGUUUUUGCACCUUUUAAAUACACACUAAAAAAUUAAAAGACAUAAAAAUGC